AUUUACAAUUAUGGAGUCAUGGAACUGGUACACGCCAAGCUGAGUACCAUCCACACGCAGAUCGUCAAGAAGCAAUAUGAGGAAGCCUACUACGCGCUGGAAGCUCUCACCAUUAUCCAGGACUUUGUUCCGGCAUGGAAAGGACUCCCCGACGCACUGCAGAAGACCCUGACUGACAUGGUCUAUGGGGCUUGCCUCGUGACGUCCUCCGGGAGCUGAAAGCAGCGGGCCAGCUCGAUACGACCC